AAAUGAAAAGCUAACGCCCACUAGCUACAAAAAGAUUAGUGCUUCACAUUCAUCUGCCUGUUUCCAUUCUUACUCAAACAUCAAUGGCACUCCAGCAACUUUCUUCGCAGUCCGCCAUCGUAGGUACCGAAGAACAUGACCAGGAGGCCAUUGACGAACUAAUUGCUUCACUGCCCCAAUGGAAAGGCGUAUUUCGUCCUUUCCAGUCCCUCUACCAAAACUUUUGGUGCCCGACCUAUGCGCUUCCCAACGUGAUCGCGUUCCAGCGGCACUUCCAAGCCAAACACAAGGACAUUGUCCUGGCCUCUCAGCCCAAAUCAGGGACCACCUGGCUAAUGGCCCUAGUGUUCUCCGUUGUUAACCGCUCCCGCUUCAGCAUCUCCAACACGCCCUUGCUCACUUCGAACCCCCAUGAUCUCGUCCCUAGCUUCGAGUUCCAGCAGUUCGGAAGGAACCCAAGGCCCGACCUUGAUGGGAUGGCGGAGCUGAGGCUCUUUGCAACGCACAUCCCUUACCCAUCCUUGCCGGAGUGCGUCAAACAGUCGGACUGCCGGAUCAUUUACAUAUGCCGGAACCCAUUGGACGCCGUGGUUUCCUCUUGGCACUUCUACCUCGAGACAGCGCGGUCGAAGGAGCAGCCAGAGUGGUCUUUGGAAGAGCACUUCGAGAUCUAUUGCCAAGGGAAAAUAUCUUUUGGGCCCUUUUGGAAUCAAAUGAUGGGCUAUUGGAAGGAGAGCUUGGAGAGGCCAUACAAGGUGUUGUUCCUCAAGUAUGAGGACUUGAAGGAAGAUAUUGUGGGACAGCUGAAGAAGGUGGCCGAGUUUGUGGGGCUUCCCUUUACUGAGGAGGAAGAGGAGGGGCGUAUGAUUGAAGAGAUAGCCAAAAUGUGUAGCUUAAAGACCCUCAAGGACCUGGAGGUCAACAAGUCCGGCAAAUUACAAGGGAUGAAUAUCAAGGUUGAGAACAGAAGCUUUUUCAGGAAAGGCGAGGUGGGUGAUUGGGUUAACCAUCUCACUCCUUCCAUGGUGAACCGUCUCAAUAGCAUCAUCCAAGAGAAGAUGAGCCCUUUUGGCUUGGAGUUCAAAACAUGUUGAACAUGUUUGUUGCUUUCGAACCCUUCUUUCUCUAUGUACAAACAGAAAUAAAUGAAAUCAAAUUCGAAUGGUUUUGCAGUCGGCUUUUCUUGUCUUGCUUCUCCUCGUUAUUUGGUUGGUGUAGAGAAAGAAAAGGUACAAUUCCCGAUUGAAGAAACCUUGAGUUUCUCUGCGCUAAUGACCAAACAUGUAGGGAUGGAAGCUGAUGAGUUGCAUUCUUUUCUUUGGUUAAAUCAUUCUUGAUCUGCAAUCUGAAUAUAUAAACUGCUGAAUUCUAC